AUGCCGCCAAAAGCAACUACGUCGUCCUCGUCAUCAACUGCCAAAGUGCAGCCAAGCUCACCAGUACAACAAUUGACAUCGCUUCUCAAGACACAACAAUUCUACUGGUUCUUGGGUCAUGUACUUGCUAUUCUAUUCUUUGUGUUAAGCUCAUUGACGGCUAUAUUGUUUAGACAAGCGGCUUCUUUAAAGUAUUAUCGUUUCACCUUGUUGUCUAUUAUUGUCACCUACUUGAUUGUGUUGAAACAAGUGUACCUCAAACGCUCGGCACCAAAAGCAACCCCUGCCAGAUUGAUCAGAGAUGAAAAUGUCCAGUAUUUGAGUUUGGCAGUUGUCUUUUACAUUGCCAGCUACAUCCUUGAUAACCAAGCACAGACUGUGUUGUACUCAUACAUCAUCUUUGCUGUGUUCCAUGCACUCACCUAUUUCCAGAACAAUUUGUUAUCAAUUGCCGUUCCAUCGAUCGCCACUCAACAAAGAGUCAAUUCAGCUAUCAACAAUUUUACCACUAAGUUCAACCAACUCGCAAUGUCAGCUGCUGCAAGUGUUGAGAUCGUAUUGGUUGUGAUGACAGCGUUUGACGUGUUGAUUAGCACUUUUUUGGUGUUGUUGAAAUGGAAUGUGGUACAGUAUGCCACCAAGGUGUUUCUUUUGGCUGCCGUUGUCGUGUUUAACAAGUUGAGAUAUGACAGUAACCAGUUCACUAAAGCUGCAGUUAACCAGUUGGAUCAAAAUGUAAAUGGAUAUGUUAACCAGUUGAACAGUCCUUCCUUGACGCAAAAGUAUUUCGGACUCAGAGAGAAAGUUGUUCAUUACUUGAAAUCGAUUCAAGUACCAAAGGAAGUGAAGAAAACGCAAUAA